CACCAGCGGGCCUACUACGUCGCGCUGCCCGACGGCCGCACGCAGAAGGUCUCCUACAGCGUAGACGGCGAGUCCGGCUUUGUCGCCCAGGUGGAGUACGAGGGCGAGGCCCAGUACCCGGAGUACCACCCGCAGCCCGCCUACAAACCGACUUACGCCGCGCCGGCCUAUAAGGCACCAGAGCCGACCUACGCCGCACCGGCCUACAAGGCCCCGGAGCCCACCUACGCUGCCCCGGCCUACAAGGCCCCUGAGCCGACGUACGCUGCUGCGACCUACAAGGCCCCGGAGCCCACAUACACUGCACCGGCCUACAAGGCCCCUGAGCCGACCUACGCCGCCCCGGCUUACAAGGCCCCGGAGUCCACCUACGCCGCCCCGAGCUAUAAGGCUCCCCAGCCGACCAACCCUGCGUACAACUCCUACAACUAAGCAGCGCAGUCUGCCAUGGUGAUAUCGAUCCUCAACAUACGAAGACGGGUGAAAGUAUGUAUUAUUUAUUGGACUGAACGCGCGUAAAUGAAUGCUAGUUACAUAUCGCAAUGAACUACCAGCAACGACGAGCGUUUGUAAACAUCACGAAAAUUGCUCAGCACUUU